UUAAUUCAAUGUCUUAACAGACAAGUGUACUUUCUGCUUUGUGCACUAAUGUAAUAGAUUUUUAGACUUUCAAGGUUUUUUUUUCUUUUAAAAUCUCCUCAUGAUAGAUUUCAUAAAAUUUUAAAUAGUUUUUAAAAUACUAUUAUAAUGGCAAAUUUUGAAGCCAGGAUAUUACAUAAAUCCAAAGUGAUUUUACCCGACGAAGAGCAUAUCACUAAAGAAUCGUUUCAUGAAUUAAUGGAUCAGCCCGUAGAUCAACAAGUUCAAGAUGACCCCGAUGGAGUUGCUGCACAUUUACUAUCAUCAGCGUUAUUGAUUCAUGAGUCGAAAACUGCUUUUACACGAGAGGAAUCCCUAAGUGAAGAUUUUUUUGAAAAAAAGUGUGAAGAGCCAUCAGGAGCUAUUGGGGGAAUGGACCUAACCACUGAAGAUGAAGAAUCGCAGGAAAAAAAUUCAAAUAAAAAACAGCAAGAAUUGCAAGCAAAUAAUGCCCAACCUGAUAAAUCGUUGUCCAUCUCAAUGGACUGUACUAGUUCAAUCAAAAAUAAAGAUGAUCAAAAAAUAAGAGGAUCUGCCAUAUCUGAUCAAACUAGCGAAUAUAGUGAAGACGUGCAUACAGGUACUGAAUCAAUACGAGCAUCGAAAGUCACCAUCACGGAUAUGCUUCUUGCAUCUAAGGAUAUACUAAAACAAUCUAUUGAUGUGCAAGCAGAUACUGAAAGCAUAUCGAGACACUCAAGGGUAACGAUCUUAGAUAUCUCUCCCAUACAAAAUAUUACUUCUGGCAGGGUAUCAAAAUCAGGUUUAUCGACUCACAAAGCUUCAAUUAAAAAAUCUAUCGAUGAGCGAACUAGGAGAUAUAGCCAAGAGAUACCAAAAUACGAGGCGGGUGUACGGCGUCAGUCGAAAGUUUCAAAACAGACUAUAGAUGGAGCUCAAACAAGUCGUUCAACUCUAAUAUCUUCACUUCGGCAAGAAUCUGAAGAAAGGAUUAAGCGACCCAGCAUAUAUUACGAGGCUCAAAGUAGAAUUGAAAUUGUCGAUGAUAUUACGGAGUUUUUUGAUUUGGAUAGACAAGAACCUGAAAUUUUUAUGGAUGAGGCUGAAAAUGUAGAAGAAGAAUUUGAGCCUGUUGUAGUGGAGGAAGAGGAAAAAAAGCUAGAUAGGCAACCAUAUUAUGAUAAAUACACCAAAUUGAGUGAAAUUAUCGGUAAAAAUAGAAUUACGAAUAAUAUACGCCAGAAGCUGGUAAUAAUGUAUUUACGAAGGCGAAAGGUUCAGCAUUUUUUAAAAGAUGUAGAGCCUCCCCUUGACCAAACACUUAAAUAUGGUAAGAAGCUAGAUGCCUACGGUGAAUUGAUAAAAAUAAAUGAGGAACAACGCGAUGCUUUAACACAAGAACUCGAUAUCCUUAAAACAAAAAGAGAUAAGAAAUAUACUGAUCUAAGUAAAAUGUUUAAAAAUAUGCAGACAAGAGAAUCAAAUAUUGGGCACGGACUUAUAUAUUCAAAAACUGGAAAUCAGAUACCAGACAAAUUGGUGGAAAGAUUUAUUAGACGACAAGCGAACCAGACAGAACAGGUUUAUCUAAUGAGAUUAAAGUUUAUUAAGCUUAAGGAAAUGGUUCAAGAAAAAUUAGACGCAAUGGAUCGCCUUGACACACUAGAUGCAAAUAAGCGGCUCUCGGAUUUUGAACAAUUGAAAGCAGAAAAUAGAGCACAUGCCGACAAAAUCGAAGAAAGGGAAGAAGAACUGGCAAGACUACGUGUCAAAUGUCAAAACGUUAUUCAAAUUCUAGCCCAUUUAAGAGAAAAAACUUCAGCAUUUGAAUCUGACUUAUUUGAUCUUAAGGACCAAUUUCAAGAUGUCGAUGAAACAUCAAAGAUUCUACGCGAAGACUUGGCCUUUUUAAAAUAUCAUAGGGAUAGAUACAGGAAUAUGACGAGAAAAGUUAUUGAAGAAUCUGGUUUACUUUCAAAACCGGAUUUGCUGAAAGACAUGGAGAAAUCCCUAAAUACUCUAAAAAUAUUAGAAAAUGAAUUGGUUUUGCUGCAAAAGGACUCCAAAACAAAAACUCGUCAUAUAAGAAAUAUACGAAAAAAUAUUGAGAGAACAAAAAUGCAAUUAAAAAGCAAAUCUAAGCGUUUGUUAAGGCAACCAGAAAACUUAGGAAAAGCAAAUGUAGCAGAUUCAGCUGGGUCAUCAAUGCAAAUCUACAAGCGCAGGCCUACAUUAUAUAUGCCAGAAAUCAAACAAUGCGUUUUUAAUGAGUUGGUUAAUAUAAAAUCUUUAAGUAAGUUGAAGACCAGAAGAAGACAUUAGCAGAUUUUUAAUUAGGGAUUUCAAUAAAUUAGAAUUUUAACAAU